GGCUGUGAUCCUCGCCUGGGCUCAGCCGGGGACCCAGCCGCCGUCACUGCGGAGCCACCGCUUCCUCCGCCCGGGCCUCAGCACAGCGGGCUCGGCCAUGGCAGCCGGCGCCGCCGGGGCCGCGGCGAAUCUGGCCCCUGCGCUCCCCGCCAGUCGCUGAGCAGCCGUUAACCAGACCGCCCGCCCUCCCGCUGGUGCCGCCGCGGCCGCAGGUUCCGCACAAGUUUCCGCCGCCGAAGAAGCCGGAGGCGAAGGCAGGGCAGGACGGACUAGGGGAGUCGUGCGCCCCCGGCCCUCCCGGCCGCUAUGUGGGGGCGCUUCCUGGUCCCGGAGGCCGGCGGCCAGGACAGCCCCGGCGGAGCCCGCAGUCUCGCGGCGGGCCCAGAUUAUUCCUCAUCAGCAUGGUUACCUGGUAAUGAAUCAUUGUGGCAGGCCACAACCGUUCCCUCUAACCAUCGAAAUAAUCAUAUCAGGAGACAUAGUAUAACUUCUGACAGUGGUGACACCGGCAUUGGAACUUCCUGUUCUGACAGCGUGGAAGAUCAUUCAACUUCGAGUGGCACAUUAUCUUUUAAGCCUAGUCGGUCGUUGGUUACUCUUCCUACUGCCCACGUCAUGCCAUCUAACUCCAGCACUUCAGUUUCCAAACAUAGUGAAUCAUUGACGUCAGACGGCUCAAAAUGGAGUACAAGCCUCAUGCAAGCAUUGGGAGACCACAGUAGGGGAGAACAGGACUCUUCACUAGACAUGAAGGACUUCCGGCCCCUCCGGAAAUGGUCAUCUUUAUCCAGACUCACUGCCCCGGAUAAUUGCAGCCAGGGUGGCAUUGUUCACACUGGAGAGUCCAGGAGUGGUUUGGAAAAGACAGGGAGAGGCAAGGUUUUAACAUCACAACUAAGAACAAUUGGGCCUAGCUGCUUACAUGAUAGUAUGGAGAUGCUUAAACUAGAAGACAAGGAAAUAAAUAAAAAACGAUCGUCAACUCUGGACUGCAAAUAUAAAUUUGAGAGCUGUAGCAAAGAGGACUUUAGAGCUUCUUCCUCCACCCUUAGGAGGCAGACCUUAGACAUGACAUACAGUGCCUUACCUGAAAGCAAGCCCAUUACAACAAAUGCAGAGGCUUUUGAACCUAUGAAAUAUUUAAUGCUUGGUCAGCAGGCAGUAGGUGGAGUUCCCAUUCAGCCUUCUGUGAGGACACAGAUGUGGCUUACGGAGCAGUUGCGGACAAACCCUUUGGAAAAUAGAACUACAGAGGACACUUACAGUUUAGCUCCUUGGCAACAGCAUCAAAUUGAAGAAUUUCGACAAGAAAAUGAAACACCAAUGCAGGUUUUUACUGGAUCGUCUCGUCAGAGUUACUCACCUUCUGGCUAUCAGGAUUUCAGUAAGUGGGAAUCAGUGCUGAAGAUAAAAGAAGGACUGCUAAGGCAGAAAGAAAUUGUGAUUGAUCGGCAGAAGCAGCAAAUUAGCCACCUACACGAGAGGAUAAGGGAUAAUGAAUUACGGGCACAACAUGCCAUGUUAGGACACUAUGUAAACUGUGAAGAUUCUUACGUGGCUAGUUUGCAGCCACAAUAUGAGAACAGUUCACUCCAGACUCCAUUUUGUGAUCAGCCAGUGUCCCAUUCCCAGCAAGAAGAACUUGAGCAAAAGCUUGCAUCCACUGAAAAAGAGGUUUUACAGCUCAACCAGUUUCUCAAACAAAGAAUAAGCCAAUUUAGUGAAGAGAAGAAGAAACUGGAAGAAAAGCUUAAAACCAGAGAUAGAUACAUCAGUAGUCUGAAAAAGAAAUGUCAGAAGGAAUCCGAACAAAACAAAGAAAAGCAAAGAAGAAUUGAGACCUUGGAAAAGUAUUUGGCUGAUCUUCCAACUCUAGAUGAUGUACAGAGUCAGAGUCUUCAGCUUCAGAUUCUAGAAGAAAAAAAUAAGAAUUUGCAAGAGACUCUGCUGGAUGUGGAAAAAAAGCUUGAAGAUAUCAAAAAACAGUGUCAAGAAAAAGAGGCACAGAUAAUAUGCCAGAAAAAGAAAGAAAAGGAGUUGGUAACUACAGUUCAGAGCUUACAGCAAAAAGUAGAAAGAUGCCUUGAAGAUGGAAUUCGUCUUCCCAUGUUAGAUGCAAAACAGCUUCAGAAUGAAAAUGAUAACCUGAGAGAACAAAAUGAGAAUGCUAGUAAGAUUAUAGACAGCCAACAAGAUGAGAUUGAAAGAAUGAUUUUAGAAAUUCAGUCUAUGCAAGGGAAACUUUCUAAAGAAAAAUUGACUACUCAAAAGAUGAUGGAAGAGUUGGAAAAGAAAGAAAGAAACCUACAGAGAUUAACAAAAACAUUGCUUGAUAACCAAAGACAAACAGAAGAGACGUGCUCUUUAUUGGAUCAGGGCCAGGAAGGAGACCAAUGCAGGCAGCAGACAGUACUCACUAAAUGGCCACUAUCUGAUUUGAGUGUGAUUGAUCAGCUGUUCAAGGAAAUGUCCUAUUGUUUGUUUGACUUGAAGGCAUUGUGUAGUAUUCUGAAUCAGCGUGCUCAGGGCAAGGAGCCUAAUCUUUCAUUAUUACUGGGAAUCAGAUCAAUGAACUGUUCAGCUGAAGAGACUGAGAAUGACUACAGCCCAGAAACACUCACUAAAAAAUUAUCAGAUGUAUGCCAGUUACGGAGAGACAUUGAUGAAUUAAGGACUACAAUAUCAGACCGCUAUGCUCAGGACAUGGGAGACAACUGCAUUACCCAAUGAUCAACUAUUGGUCCCACAGCAAUAAUGACCCAUUGUUAAAUGCUGCUGUGUUACAGUUCUUCAUAUGUCUUUUUAGAAGCCAUAAUGGAAAGUCUCAAGUGACAUAUCACUUA